AUGUCUGCCUCAUUGGCUCCAGAAUGUAACGAGGUCAAGGAACGCUACGAUUCAUGUUUCCUCAAAUGGUACAGUGAAAAGUAUCUUCGAGGGAAGGGCAAAACAGACGAAUGUUCCGCUCUUUUCAAAGACUAUAAGCAUUGCUUGACCAAUGCUUUGAAAGAGCGUGGCAUCGACAAGAUGCUGGAGGAUGCUCGAGAGGACCACAAGGAGAAUGAUGCUGCAAACAUGCGGCGAGGUUAACAAAACAAAAUCUGA